AUGGCUACCAGGGUUAAGCGUUCACUCAAACCCAAGGUCACUGUUAUUGUUGCUCGAGACAUCACUUUCAAGGUACCAAGCCAGAAGCUAAAGGACCCUGAGCCUGAGAUCUCGAUUUUCCAUGACCUUGGCAUAUACCUCUCUCGCCGGAACAAGCGUGCCAUUCAAGUGAAGCUCUUGAAGUUACUUUUUCCGAGCUUCUUUGAAGCAUACACUCAGGGACAAACCCAGGCAGUUUUCAAGUGUGCAUACCAGGUCUGGUUCCUGCGUUUUCCAGACCCCGAGCAUCAGAUUGUUGUGAAGGCAGACUACAGCGAAGACCCUGAGUACACAGACUUCAUUUGCAAGCAACGUGAAAAGUGGCUAAGGAGUCUGGUCUGCUGGCUGGCCUUCCGUUUCCCAGCGAUGGUUGAUGGUCCUGUACCAGCAAACCCAACUUGGGUGGUUCUGAUGAACGUUGCUAUUCAGGAGAUCAUGCGUACCUUGGAGGUACCUCAGGAUCGCUCGGACUGUGAAGAGGCGCUCAAGGAGAUUGAAAAGAUGGUCCAGGACUCACUUGUGUGCACACGUGCAGCUGGUAACCCGGAAGUUGAAAUAUUUUGUGCACCACUGAAGCCAGAUGACAAAGCAUCCCUCCCAACCCUUCAUUUUCUCAUGAGAGGCAAACACAAGACACAGACGUUUGUUGUACUACGCGAUGACUCUGAUGAUGAGAUGCUCAUUCCACAUGCCCGUUCCUUCUAUGAAGUCACGCCGGUUUCAGAUGUUGCUGGAAAGGUUGCUGCAAAAUGCUAUCCAACCUCGGAUGCACCACUCCUUGAUUGGGCUGGUCAGCUGCAGGGGUUCAUGUCCUGCACCUCUGCUGAUGGGCUUUAUCGUUGUGAGGAUUGCUUAGGGGGUACUCGAGUGUCGUAUCUGUUGCCUUCAGUGGCACCAUUACCUGCCACUUCACAUCAUCCAGGUACAACUUGCACUUUUGUUGGAUGA